AGGACGAGAGAGAGGGAGAGCGAGCGAGCUCAGGAGAAGCUGAAUGACAUUUUGGGCUCUCCACACCCAGAUCUCUGGAAAAUUCCUUCAGUUUGCAGGUUGCUGCUGCUGCAGAGCCGAGAGAGGCUGGAUAUUCAGGGGGGAGCAAAGCCGAACGGUGGAUCUCGUCUCUCAGUUGCAGAUUCAGACUUGAUAACCUUGGAAUGUGGGUUAGGAGGCUGCGAGUUUCCCUUGAAUGAAGUGUGUCUGAGAGAAUCUGUUCGCCCCGACGAAAGAAGACCCACGUGUGAGGAACUGGUGCUGAAAGAAAUAAUAAUAAUAAAUUUAAAAAAAGACCUCGACCUGUUUCCGGUUUGGAAGCAUCAAUUACUCUCUGCUCGUCUGUCACCCUGGGGAAGGCAACGCUCCUCCGACCCCCCCAUCUCCCCCCUUCCUCAUCAUCAUCGUCAUCAUCAUCAUCUUCCUCAUCGUCGUCUUCACCCUCGUCAUCCUCAGCGUCCCGUCGCGCCCUCACCUCGGUUAUCAGGUGGAAGAAGUUUCGGCUCCCCGGUUCGGCCGUCAUGCACAUCAAGACCACCAAGUGUAACCGCUUCUGCCUGGUUGCCUCGGUGACCAACCACGAAGUGUUUCACCGUCCCGAGGCGCAGGCCAGCUUUGAGGCCUUGUUCCGCUCGUUCGACCCGGAGGUGCAGUUCCAAUACUUCAAGUCCUUCCAGCGGGUCAGAAUCAGCUUCAGUGAUGCUCUGGCUGCAGCUGAGGCCCGACUCCGACUGCACAAGACCGACUUCAACGGCAAAGAGAUGAAACUCUACUUCGCGCAGUCUGUCCACAUAGGAAGUCCUCGUCUGGAGCCUCCAAAGCCAGAUAAGCAGUUCCUCAUCUCCCCUCCUGCCUCCCCUCCGGUCGGCUGGGAGCAGAGUCAGGACGCCACGCCGGUCAUCAACUACGACCUGCUGUGCGCCAUCUCCAAACUGGGACCAGGAGACAAGUACGAGCUCCACACCGCCACCCCCACCACCCCCAGCGUGGUCGUCCACGUGUGCGAGGACGAGCGCGGCGACAGCUCGGCGCCCGACGACAGCGACCAGGACGACAAGCCCCGCCCCCCGCGGCCCAAGAUCAUCCAGACCCGGCGGCCCGACUACACCCCCGGAGUGGAGCAGUGAAGCGACGGCGACGUGGAGGGAGCAGAGUGUAACAUUUCAUCCAGAAGUGAUCGGCCAACAUGCUCUCAGAGCUUUUGAAGAAGGUUUGGGGACUUUGAGAAGGCGCCCGAGGGUGCUGUCCCGUAGACGAGCAUUUCAUAAGACGGAGGGAGAACACAUAGCAUGGAAUGCUGCAUUCAUGUCCCGUGGGAAACACAGGAAGUUCGUCAUGAUAUCUAUCGGCUGCGUGUGAAUUUGAGGUGGAUUGACAUUUGGAAGCGUAGGGAAUCAUCUAAUGUUUUAACUAUCAUGGACGAAGACAUUUUACGUGACGCUAAACGGGCGCAAAGCGUGUAGAAAACCACUCAAGUGAUUCGGAUGUUGCUUUCUUCCCACGUGACAUGAAUGCAGCAUCGUUUUGAUGAGUCAUGUUUUCCUCAUCUAGAGUUUGUGGACUGAACAGACCGAAGAGGGAGACGUGUGUUUUUCUUUAUGUUAGCGAUGUGACUGUUGAUAUUUGCUAGGGUGCUACAUGUGUCCGUCAGUGAGCUGUCGAGGCUGAGGAGCUCCAUCUUCCACGCUGCUGGCUUCUGCUUUUUUUUUUUUUUUUUUUAAUUUCUGAUCUCCUUGUAAGAGGUCGUGCAGCUCCCCACCACCCUUCACUCCCGUUUGAUGUCCGCUUUGUGGUGAAAAUGUAAAGUCGAGGCUCGCCUUACUCACAAUCUACAGCUGAAAUAAGGAGCCGCAGUCUUGUUCCCGUGAUGACUUCUAGUUCACUUUUUCUGGUGUUUUGCUUGUGGUCUAGCAAAUGCAGUUUAACGAAGCUAAAUGCCUUUUCUAACGCGUUUUUUGUGUGUGUGUGUGUGAAUGUAGAACUCACACUCAAGCCGAGGUCAUCUGAGGGCUACAUGACCAUUCUGUUAAAAAAAAAAAUGAAAUAAAAGAAAAACAGGGCUAACCUUUUUUAGCUCCUACGUGGGCUGAAUAGUGUUUUGAAGUCUGUGUGGGAAAAUACAACCGCAGUACUGUUAUUCAACCGAUGAUCCCGGUCCGUCUGAAAACAAUUCUUCUAUGUAUUCACGUCCUGGUGUAUUUUUGCAUGUGUGGGUCUCUUUUUGUGUUGCUUUUCCGGCCUGCCACACACACACUGUUGUUACAUUAUUACGUCCUGACACUCACGUUAGUCCACAAAUGUUGUUGCACAUCUUUUUUUCUUUAAGAUUUGUAUAAAAUAUUACAACACGUGACGGUUUCAGACCUCAGAUGUACCUGCUUAGCUUCUGUUUUUAUCAUUUUACAAGCUAAAGUUUAACUAAACGCACACUGUAACUUAACACAUGACAAGUAAAAAGGAUUUAAAAUGAAGUGGAAAUAAUCUGUUUUUAUCUUAAGCUACCGGCUGACACUGAAUCAGAUAAUAUAAUAGUUAUAAUUCCACUUUAAAUGGUUGGAAACUGAUCUAUAAAAAGAUUGUAAAUUGUGCUGAACGCCACGGUAUUUGUAGCUCUUCUCCAGCUUUUGUUUUAAUUGCUUUACUGAGUUUUCUUCUCGUGGAUCUCAUGUUCAGGACGAUGGGAAAUGCUUGCUGGUGGAAAGAGCACUGUGAAACAUCAUCUGUCCCGUUGGAGGUUACAGAAAGCUGUUUUUACUAGUACAUUUAUUUUAAGGAGGAGCAAUUACUGAGUUAUCAUUAAAUAAAUAUUUGACCAUCUAA